AUGACGGAUGACCAGGACUUGCAUCUGAACUCGCUUGCGUACCAGGAGUCUGUUCAGAAGCACUUUGCGCAGGAGGGGACGUGGUUCAAGAAGCAUUUCUGCACCGUGGCGUUGUGCUGUCCGUCGCGCGUGUCGCUGCUGACGGGCAAGGCUGCGCACAACACCAAUGUCACGGAUGUCAGGGCCCCGUAUGGUGGGUACCCGAGGUUCGUCGAGGAAGGGUUUAAUGACGACUACCUGCCGGUCUGGCUGCAGAAGGCCGGAUACAACACGUAUUACACUGGCAAGAUGAUGAAUGGACAUUCGCUCAGCACGUACACCAAUCCACGCAUCAAUGGCUGGAACGGGUCGGACUUCCUGAUCGAUCCGGGGACGUAUAUCUUCUACAACGCGACCAUGACGCGGAAUCACGACCCGGCCAAGAACUAUCCGGGCGAGUAUUCGACAGACCUGGUGUCGGCCGCUGCAGUCGGGUUCCUCGACGAAGCCAUCAAAGCGUCGGACAGGCCGUUUUUCCUCGGCGUUGCGCCGAUUGCGCCUCAUUCGGAAACCGUCACGGGUGCCGAUGUCCAGUUCAAUGCUCCUGUCCCUGCGCAGAGGCACGCGCAUCUCUUCCCCAACGUCACGGUGCCGCGGACACCCAAUUUCAACCCCAACACUACGGGCACAGCGUCGUACUUCAAGACGCUUCGCCAGCUCAAUCAGACGGAAAUCGACUUCAACGACGACUGGUACCGCAAGCGCCUGCAGUCGCUGCAGUCGGUGGACGAGCUGAUCGACUCCAUCAUGACGCGUCUGUCCGCCAGCCCAGCGGUGCUCAACAACACAUACCUAAUCUACACAACCGACAACGGCUACCACAUGGGCCAGCACCGGCUCCCGCCAGGCAAGAGCUGCAACAUUGAAGAAGACGUCAACAUCCCCUUCUUCAUCCGCGGCCCCGGCGUGCCCAAGAACACCACCCAGAGCAUUCCCUCGAGCCACACAGACAUUGUCCCGACGCUGUUCGCGCUCGCGGGGAUCCCGCUCAGAGACGAUUUCGACGGCGAGCCGAUCCCCGUCACCGCGACGCAGCUUGCGCGCAGCACCAAGAGCGAGCACGUCAACAUUGAGUUCUGGGGCGAGUACCUCGUAGAAGGGAACACAUUCUACGGCGUCCAGACAUUCCCGGAGAACACAUACAAGCACGUGCGCGUCGUGGGCGAGGCCUACGAUCUCGCAUACGCCGUGUGGUGCACCAACGAGCACGAGCUGUACGACAUGACGAAUGAUCCGUAUCAACUUACUAACCUGUACAACACCACCGCGCCUGUGGGCGAGUGGCGCGUCGACGCGCUCACGGCCCGGCUCGACGCGCUGCUGCUCACGCUCAAGCGCUGCAAGGGCCGGGCGUGCACGCGCCCGUGGGAAACGCUGCAUCCCGACGGCGGCGUAAGGAACCUUGGGGACGCGAUGCAGCCCAGGUACGACGCGUUCUACGAAGAGCACCAGCUGAGGGUGACGUUUUCCGAGUGUGGGCUUGGGCAGGUGUUGAGUCUUGAGGGCGCGUUGGAGCCAAGGGUUUGGGAUGAGCGGUGGGAUGGAUGGAGUUAUGGGACGUAG